CUAUUUCCUCUUCCGUUUCGUCAUUAUAGGUGUUGAGAAAAUGGCGUUGGUUUCUGAGGGUUCUGGGUAUUCUUCCCCUUCGAAACGUAUUAAACUAGAUAAAACUCAACAUCUAUCAAAUUCUGGCUCAGGACUUGAUUUUGGAAACUUUACUUCAUCACUGAAGAAUAUUCACGACGUCACCAAAGAAACAUGUCCCUCUAGCAGUGAAGUUUUGAACAGCGGAGACUCUGGAUUCAACGACUUGUCACCAUUACAGAAUAAGAAAGAAAACUGCAAUGAGUUGGGUCCCUCGCUGGACAACUCGAUGGAAAGCAGUAAAUCAGACGAUGAAAGGACCGGCCUCAGUACAGUGGAUGACGACAAAGACGAAGUUUCAUCAACUGUCAGCAACUUAUCUGACCUAAGUGGCUUGUCCGAAUUAAGUGGUCAGGACUGGAAACCUACCGCUGGGCCGAUGAGCUGGGUGCAGAAGCAGAUGCUGAUGGGCGCCAACCCCCGCGGCAUCCUGAGCCAGCUGAUGCCGGACGACUCGCAGAUCCCCGCCCAGAUGGACGACCUGACCAUGUGGAAGAUCAUCGUGAGCAUGCUGAGCGAGCCGCCGUGCCGCCAGAAGCUGCGCCACGUCAACACCAUCGCGGACGUGGUUCGCUUGCUGCGGGGCGCCAGGAGGAUCGUCGUGCUGACGGGGGCCGGGGUUUCUGUAUCAUGCGGGAUUCCAGACUUCCGGAGCCGUGAUGGGAUUUAUUCACGCCUAGCAAUGGAUUUCCCCAACCUCCCUGAUCCACAAGCUAUGUUCGAUAUCCAGUUCUUCAGUCACGAUCCAAGACCGUUUUUCAAGUUUGCUAGGGAGAUAUAUCCUGGACAGUUUAAGCCAUCCCCUUGUCACAGGUUUAUAAAAUUACUGGAAAAGCAGAGGAAGCUACUUCGCAAUUACACUCAGAACAUUGAUACCCUGGAACAAGUUGCGGGCAUUGAAAAUGUGAUUGAAUGUCAUGGAUCAUUUGCGACUGCAUCAUGCAUGCAGUGCAGACACAAGGUGACAGCUGAUGAGAUCCGCGGAGAGAUUUUUGCUCAGACAAUUCCAGUGUGCAAGCGCUGCUCUGACGGCAUUGUCCCACAAUUUGGCGAUGACUACAGACAAGAUGCCAGCAAAGUUGGUGUUAUGAAACCAGACAUAGUGUUCUUCGGUGAAGGACUGCCUGAACGCUUCCAUGAUUGCAUGGCAAAGGACAAAGAUGAGUGUGAUCUUCUCAUCGUUGUUGGCUCGUCUCUAAAAGUUCGACCAGUUGCACUUAUCCCUAGUUCAGUAUCUCCAGAUGUUCCACAAAUUCUCAUUAAUCGUGAACCACUUCCACAUUUUAAUUUUGAUGUGGAGUUGUUAGGGGACAGUGAUGUCAUCAUAAACCAGUUAUGCCACAUGCUUGGUGAAGAUUGGAAAGAAAUCUGUUGGCAGAAGCCGCUGAAUCACGCGAGCCAUCUGCGUAGUGUGGCGACUGGUGUGUCGGAGUGGCAGAAACACAGCAGCACGUGUCGCUCCCAGUCUCCGCUGCAGAUGUCGUCGAGGGAUGGCAGGAGCCACGACCAGUCGGCAGCGGGCAUCGAGAGCGAAGCAGACUCGUUGCAGAUGUCCAUAGAUAGUGGCAUGAGCGGCUCUGCGGACAGCAGCUGCAGUGCCUUCAAGGAGCGGCACAUGUCUGUGGACUCGUCGACACGAGACAGUGGACUGUGUUUAUCCCUGGAUGGUGCUGUGGAUGUGGAUGGUAGUGUUCCCGCCGACUGCCUGCAGAAGGACUGUUGCUCGGUGACGCCAGACAGUAGCGUAGUGUCUUCAUCGUUGCCGUCCGCCGCGCAGGCAGACUCCACCACGAAUGACGACCCUUGCAGCGCACCAUCGCGACAGCGCUUGUCUCUGGGCCUGGUGCAGAGUGGUGCUGUCGGCAGUUGUAGCGGUGUGACCAAGGAGCGUCGUAUGUCCGUGGACUGUGGGAAUCUUUCGUCGAAAGACCAGCAGGACAUAGAGGCUUUGCGAGACAGCUGGAGACCCCAAAUACGCCAGUCCCUCGCCACCAGACUGCCAGAACACAGUUACUAUUUCCUGCACCCGAACCGGUACAUCUUCCCCGGUGCAGAGGUGUACUGCGACGCGGACGACGACCGCUCGUCUUGGGUCAGCUGCAGCAGCAGCAGCAGCAGCGACUCUGACAGUCGCCUGUCGAGCGACGAGAGCGGCGACGACUGGGAGGAGUCUCCUCCGGAGCAUCGCGGCGCCCAAUGAUAUCCCCUGGCUCGCGUCAGGGACAUGCGUCUGUUCAAUUGCUAGAGCUGUACGGCUCCACAGUAUUCAUCAUAAAUAAACGUGUAAUAAUUUUUUUUUUUUUUAUUCUGCACCCCCAUUUCGAGUGUUAUGUGGUGCUGGAAUAAAAUUUUGGCACUGCUGGCAUGCAGGCAGGGGUUAUUUCCAAAUCAAGAAGGUUGUGAGACAUUCCUGUCAUUGAUGGGUUUGCGUGACCUGAAUAGGUCAGCAUUUUGCAAUUUACCUAUGAAAGGAUUGUCAUUUUAUAUUACACACGCAUAGUUUGUAUAUAGCUUGCAAUGUACCGUAAGCAGAUGAGAUUAAUGUGUGUAUGUGAAUUUUAUUAGUCUGUUUGUUCCUGUUGUAUGAAUAUUUCUUGAAUUUCAGGAAUGUUUGCACUUAAAUAAAUGUCACAUUUUUUGUGUCAAAUGUUUUAAGUUAGAUGUAGUAAAAGUACUAAACUUUGUUAUUUAUUUCUUAAUUCAUUUUAUUAAAUAAUAUAAAGGCCUAUGCAAGGUAAUAAAGUUACAUAAAAUGUGAAAUUGUAGGUAAAAUCUGGUUGGUGUAUGUGACUGAUUUUGGUUGGCAAGUGACUAGGAAUUCAAAGAUAAUCCAGGAAAUAUUGUAGAUUCCAGCAGACAUAACGUGGCUGGAUAAAGAGAAAACUUUCAGAUAAGAGUGAAAACAUUUAACUUGAGUAGUCCCUGCUUCAUCUUGGAGUUUUGUUCAGUGUUAGAUACAGUGAAUUUUAUAAUGCCCUAGAAUACCAGCAGUUAUGUUAGAGAUGCGAGAUGUACGAAAAUAGGAAGUCAACAAAAUAUUGUUUUAGCUUGUUUGGUAGUAUUCUUCAGUUUAGUGGGAAAAGUCUCAAUUUUUUUUUUUGUUGCAAGUAUUUUUGAAAUUAAACAAUUAAUGCUUCAAGAAUAGCUUCCUAGCACCAUUUAAAGCAACAGAAUGUGCUGUUUUAAAUUACAAUAACUUAACCCUUUCUUCUUCGUGCUAUAACAAAAUGUGUAGAGGAAAAUACAAUUUUUUUUUGCAUCUUAAGGGAUGUGUAAAUUGUAGGUCAUCUUAGAAAUAAUUGUUUUUUUUUUUGUUUUUUUUUUUUUUCUGUGCAUUACCACCAAUUGGUCCAUUGUUUGGGUAUUUGCUGAUCUGUGGAGAAGAUUUCUAUGUACAGUUUCAAAAUUUUCACACGUCACUUCAUAAAUACACAGUGUGUUAUCUGUUUUCAAAUUCAAGUCAUAGAGAACAUUUAGGGGUACAACUGUUGACUGCAAACAACUGCACAAAAUUAAUUAUAGUUUAGCCUUCACCUAUUCCAUCUGACACCUGUCAGGACAACUGGUUUCUUGUUUUAACUCCUCUUUGAAUGAGCAAAAACAUUUAACCUGAAUGGUAAAAAUUCUAGUGUUCAUAAUAGUCAUUUGAAUGCACUAUAUUCAUUAUACUCGGGCCUUGGGAGUGUGAAAUACAUUCUGACAACAUUUAUUGACUUUUGACGUUGCAAGUUUGAGUUUGGUUAGUAAUUAAGUGCUUCAUCUACCUGGGUGCAUACGGUGUGCAGAGCGUUAGAAGAAAACUGUGCUAUUUGAAAAAUUCUCAAGAUAUCGGAGCAGGGUCUGCUUACGAAAAGCAUUUAAGAAUAUGAGGGGGGAGUAGUUAGUUUCCACAUUUCUUUUUUAGCAGUAUUUUUCGAAGAGUUUAAAUGGCUAAAACAAGUGUUCUCAGAAUAAUUUUUGGGCAUAAAACAUCUGGUACGUAUUCUUGAAAGCACUCAAGGGACUUGCAUUACACCUUUAUCUUUAUUGCUCCACCCUAUACUAAUGCUGUGGAUACUAUAGUUGCCCUAAGCUUGACGAGAAUACUGCGGACUGUUUCCGAGCCUUGCACUUACAGAUGAUACCUCGCUAGAUUCACGAGCUAGCAUUGCACUUGUCAUCCCGCUUCACUAACACAAAUACACCUCUGGCUAGUUGGGCUCUUUAAAAAAGUAUGUUUCAACUUAAUAACAAAGCUGUAAUCCAGAAGAAAAUAUACAUAUUAAAAUGGCUGUACUGUGUGAUCAGGUUAUUAUGAUCAUAACUUUGUAACAGUGUUUACUACAGCAAUAAUAGUUUAAGUUACUGUAUAGAACAGUGACACUGUGUGGGUGUAAUGGUAGCCACGAUUUCUUUCACUAUGUCUUGUAUGAUAUACUGUAGCGAGGUUUCACUGUAGUAAAUAUGUACCUAGUUCUAAAUUGUUAGAGGCUGUAUAUAGACGACUUAAAUUUUAUUAAUGGUUUUUUUAGCAGUUAUUGGUGCCUAAUUCUUAAGACACUUUGUGUCCUCUUAGUUGAAUGAUAAGUUUUGAGUAGUAGAUGUUUGACAUAGAGUGAUUCUGCACAAAGAUUGAGUGUUGGAUGCAGUGUUAAUGGCAUUUUUUGCAAAAGAUUAUUGAUAAACGCUCAGUUACAAAAAAUUUGUUAUUUAUGUGUAUAAUAAAUUUCAGCUUUUGUCAUCAGAAUCAUUACAGUUAUAUUUUUGUUUUAGCUUUUAAUGUGCUAUGUUUUAAACAGUGUUUUAGUUACUGGCAGGUUAGGAUUGCCAAUUAGACUUGUAUGACUCUUUUUUUUUUUUCUUCAACCAAUGGAACCUCGCUAAACAGUUUCUAUACUAAUAAAUAUUAAUUGCAAUAAUGAAAGGAUAAGGAUAUCAUUAGUUGUUGCUACAAUGAGAUUUCACUCGGAUAAAUAUUUUAAUUUUUGUAAAGAUUUGUUAGUUUUGUAAACGGCAUAAUAUUGCAUCUUAUCAUUCAAGUAUUCCAACGCGUUCCAAGUUUGCAAAGGUUGCUGUUAUAUGGACGUGUUGGGCUCAGCUUUUGUGUUAGCGUUUUUACUGCCAAACGGCCUAACAGCACCAUGCUGUACUACUGUUGCUAUAUUUCAGUCUGUUGUUCUUGGAAGGUGUGUGUGUUCGUUGGUAUUGAUCAUUUUCAAGUGACUUUUUGCCUUCUCUGUCCUUGUCACAUAUGUAGUGUGUGUAUUUUAGUGGAGAAUAGCUAAAUUUGUAGUAUGUAACGUAUCUAUAUGUUUCUAACUAUGGUAAGAUUUCAACAUAUAAACUGUCUUUGCUUGACAUUCUUAUGUACUGUGUACUACUUAUGUAAUGUAUGUCCACAUAAAUAUCUCACACAUAUAUUUGCAUUGUGAAUAUGUAUUGGGUGGAGUACAGAAAUAUUUUUUUACGAUAUUUAUGUCCUGUACUUUGAAAAUAGUGCAGUUCAAAGUUUGAGGUGUUGGUUUUUGUGUAUUAUAGUAAUAUUAAUGAAUACACACUGUGUACAUAAUACAGCUACUGUUAAAAAAGUGUACAGUUUUUUAUUUGUAAAUAUUAUAUGUGUAACCACUAUGCAAUAAGUAUAGGGAGUGUUUUAAAAAAAAUGUUGCGUGGAAAAUAUGGUCGUAUUCAACAUUCAAUAAUUUUGAGAAAAAAUUCCUUUAUUUAACAGUUGUAUUUCUUUUUUUAUUUUGUACCUGACUUAAGUAUUUGUAAAGCAUACAAACAUUCAAUUUUUUGAAAAAUGUGUUAAAUUUAGAAAGUAAUAAUUAUAGAUUAUGGUAAACACUUAAUAAAAUAUUUAUUCGUAUUAAUUUUUAUAGUUAGUGAAAAUGUGUACAUGUGUAAAUAAUUUUGUGUUGUCAUGUGGUGUGAAUAAUAUCUACAAAAGCAAUAAGUCUUUGUCAUUUGCUUAACAAACUGUGUGCAUGAUUGUGCAUUACAAUUUUUCGUACAACCAAAAUGUGACUUUUGCUAAUGCACUGAAGCUUUCAGCAAGCCUAAACUUGGCAUGCAGGGACUGUGUAAUACUUCUCAUGGAAUGCUUCAUGUGUGGCUUCGUGGUUGAUCUCAGAUUGUUGGCUUACAUUUUAAUUUAGAAUUUGAUGUUGGUAUUGUUUGAUAGUAAAUACUCUGUAAUGGCUAUAAGAUGGUCACUUUCAUCGGUUUGCAUGUUUCUUUCCUGUAUUAAAUUUGUUCCAGAUGCUCAUUCUGCCAGUCGCCUCGAGUCUUAGAAAUCCAGGCAAAUCUUCAACUCAACAAAUUAAAACCUAGACUUGUAGUUCUCAUGUUAGUUCAGGUUGUUAGAUUUGGCUUGUGCUUCUCUUACAUUUUGUCUUGUAGCCAUGAAUAAAUUUUUCCCUCAAAGCUUGGCCAAUGAAUUGAUAUGUCGGAUGUGUCUUGGUGUAUUUUAGUCAGCAUGUCACAGAUGGCUACACUGAAACGAAGUGAUGUGGAAGAACGUGUUGCUGAAUGUUUACUUAGGUCAAAUUCCCUUUUCAUUUGUCAGACCACUGUUGAGAGCAUUCCUUUAAAUCGUGCUGCUGCUAUUUGGCAGCUGAGGAAUAAUUUCUUUUUUGCAUCUGGUAUGGAGGCUAUACUUGGUGAUAAAGAGAGGAGAGUUCUUGUAGUGAUGCUAAGAAUUGGCACUCCCAACUUAUUUGAUGCUAGCCAGUAACCUCAUUUCUGUCAAUAGAAAAGGGGAUGCUGCCAUAGUACUAUAUUUACCUGUGAAUGGGUCACACAGUUUAUGCUGAUUUUUAGUUAAAAAAAAUUUAAGUUGACCCUGAUCUGAGUUUUUCACUUUGUGUAAAAUAAUAAAAUGUUAUAAUUGCAGUGUGUUGUUGAGUAUGUGCAUAAAUAACUCCCCUGUGUUUAUUUUUUAAUGUAUAUGUCACAAGUAAUUAAAAAUUGUUUAGUUAAAAUAUUUAAGCACUGUGUGAAAAGCACCAUUAUGGCGCCGUUGUGCAAUGUCUGUGCCGGUCGCCCAGUUGACACUGGCAAGUGGCUUGCUGUGCUAACGUUUGGCUGUAGGAGGAGAAAAAUCUAAAAAUAGUGGGCCGUAUUCCAGAAUGAGCACAAACCGAAUCCCAGUAAGGUAACAGAAGGCAACCGUUUUAAUAAACUGUGCCCUGCACAAGGCUGUAAACUGGUUCUAACACAUUCUAGUUGACGUUUUGGCAACCAUCAAUACAUUUGCUACUGCAAAAAUCCUAGAGAUAGCAGCAGUGUCACUUGAAUUAAAUGAUGUUUUUUCUACUUUUCUCAAGUACUUUUUAAGUUCUAAUUAUUUUUUUAUGACUAUUAAAAUGUAAAUAUUUAUUCUAGGAUAGUUUCGCUACCAUAAAGUUUCAUUUGGCACACCAAUAUGUACUUCCCUUGAUAUUCAUGAAAUUUAAUAGAUAAGAGUUAGUGGUGCCAGACGCGAGUCCGCCAUAUAGACAAAAUCAACAAAAAAUGUUAGCUCUGCGCAUACACGGAAUUUGGGCAACAGAUAGGACACCAAAAUCCAUUCCCAAAAAAUAAGAAACUGGCUGUGUCCUAUCAUGCAUUAGGAAUACGUUUAGGGGACAGGUGUAGCAUAUUCAACACGUAAACCUUAUUUUUAUGAUUGGAAUACUGGCCUAAGUAAUAUAUAACUUCCAGCAAAUUAUCAGCUGUGUUAAUUCAGUUGUGGUCACUGUGUGAAUUUCAAAAUAGUAGGCAAAGAUGAAGGUGGUGAAUUUUAGCUUGCACGUCCAGUAUUGGAAGUAACCAUAGAGUAUGUAGGAAGGACGUUACACUGAGUGGAUGUAUUUACUGUUUGUGCCAUCUUUAGUUGUGGAACGCCAUCUCAUUCUGAAAUAUCUUAAAACUGUUUCAUACUUUCUUCCUAAUACAACAUGAUGCAAAAUAAAUUGUUGUAGGUUUAUGCACGUUGGUUUUUCAUUUAGAAAUCUUUCUUGGCAGGAAUAACAAAACCUCACACUACAUUUGUUUGAACCUAGUUCUUGGUAUUUAUAUAAGUUUAUGCUUAUAAUCUCUUAAAAAAUAAUGUAUGUAUUAAACUAAAGUGAGUUUUUACUUUUUUUGGUUAAGUGCAGAAAUGCAUAAUGGGCUUGUUGUACAUCAAAACCGCUACCCAAAGUGGCAAUAAUGAACCAACCAUCUAUUAUACUAACAACAGCAGCACAUUACCCAUUCAAAAAGGGAUUUUGUUUUUAUAAGUAGAAGUUUGUUUUUGUGUGUGAAAUUUUUCAGAGAUGUGUUACGGAAUAAAGGUUCAGUCUCUCACAGCAUGUUGGUUAUUUCAUUUUUUUUGUUAUAUUGCUUUGCUUGAAGGGCUAGUACUAUAAAUUUAUAUUUUACUGUUUUCAAAAACUUUGUUAUUAGAUAGUUAUUCAGUGGUAUAUAAUAGUGGUAAAAAGGUUUGAAUAUUUAUGCAACAUUUUAUAGCCAGCAAAUAGAACUCUUGUGUGUAUCUGGUGACAAAAUUUGGGGUGAAACAUAAUUAGAGCUAUCAAAAUAGAUCUGCAGAAAUUGGUAAUAGUUAAGACAAAAUGAUGAUAUAACCAAUAUUUUGCGUGACACCGAGCCGUAAGGCUUGUGCAACAGCAUUGUUGUUUCUCCUGGUAUGAUGGUUGCUGCGUCCAUUUCAUUGCAGGCCGGCGGCCAACAUGAUUCUCCACAUGGCAGUUAUCAUGGGGGAAAUGAUUGACAGCAGUGGUUGUUAUUUUCAGUUGAUGCAUGUAAAUAACAGGCAUGAUGUUUUGUUGGAACUGUAGGUUUUGAAUGAUUUCACGAGUAGCUUAAUGUGUACAGUUGAAAUAGUAAGAAGCAAUUGUAUUUAAGGAAAUGAAUGAUGUAUAUUUCAGUGUUGUAAAGUUUAUUUUUUUAUUUGUGUGUUGAAAAAUCUCUACAGAUGGAAUGUUUUUGGUGUGAUGCUGAUGCCAUUGGAAGGCAAGAAGACAUAAAUUUGCUUGCUAGCAUAUAAUAGUUAAUAAUUUUUAACAGUGUACAUGCUGUAUGCUGUAUUGGCAAACUAUAGUAUGUAGUAGUAGCUUUCUUACUGCAGUCUUUACUUCACCUUUGCACUCUUUUAAGGAAGUGUUUUGAACAAAAUUCAAUGUAGUGUGUGGUGCAUUUGCAUUUGUUUUAAAGUGUGUGUGCGCAUUUGUGAGUUUAGUGUUAAAACAAAAAAAAAAUUGUAUUUUGAUUCAUUCUUAAUGCUGUUUGAUUAUUGUGUUUAUAUACUUUUCAAGAAGAAAUUUAAUUAAAUUUUACAAGUUACAUA